ACCGGUUGGAGAAGACUUGUCCUGGGCCUGUCACCCCUCGACAACGGAGACACGGUCUUUGCUGAAGGCCCAAGAAGCUGUCAGAGUGAUUUGAUGUGUUACUACUCUAUUAGAGGCAUUCGUCUUCUCAUCUGCUCUGUCAGCGGACAUAUUGGAGUUCCAUAACAUCAGACGUCGACCGACGAAAUGGCCCCUUUUGUGACAGACUCGGAGCGAAUUCAAUUACCAAGUUCGAGCCCUUUUGAAGAUGGUACUCCCAUUCACACCCCGUUUUCACGAGCAAUCGACGAUUUCCUUAAGGAGCUGAAUGCCGAAGAUGAUUCCAGAAAUCCAUUUCUCGCAGAGCUCAGGGCAACCCGCCGAGAACUGGCCAACAACCCGGGCUGCAAAGCAGAGACUCAGGCUGCGGCGGCUAAGCUCAGAGGUUUUAUGGAUGACCUCCAAACCCAGAAAAGUUCAGGUCGCGGCCCGAGGUUGCUCGCCCGUCUCGAUCCAUUCAUCGACAGUCUCUCCAGGGUCAUGGGACUAUGCGAAAGUGUGUUGAACGCUGCCCCUUUCGGUGUCAGUGUCGCAUUUUCCGGCGCUCGGGUCGUUCUGAAGCUUGCCAUGCAAAUGCACAGCUGCCUUGAGAGCAUUGUCGACGCAAUGGUGCAGAUAGGCAUCAGCCUCAAGUGCUACGAAAAGUUCGCAAAGGCAUUCCCGAAUACAGAAGAGGUGCAGGAUCUUCUCGUCAGUUCCUACAAAAAUAUCGUGACGUUUUGGUACAAGGCAUGUCGCGUACUAUCUCGCCAUAGCUUAAAGACUGUCAUACGGAGCACCACAAGGUCUAUGGAUAGGGAGAUCAAAACGGCGCUGGAAGGUCUGGAUCGUGACAGGUCAAAUGUCAUAGCACUUGCCCAAGCCACAACAGCUGAGCAAGCCAUCCACACAAAGGAGGCGACAUUGAAACAGGGCGUGAUUGAUUGGAUCAAGAGUGGCUCGCAUGUUGACAUCACGCCCAUCAUUGACGAGCAACUUGCACUCCGGGCUGAGGGAACCUGCAAUUGGCUCUUCGAGGACAAACGCUUCCAGAAAUGGUUCGAUGUCAUGGACAACACCGCCCUGUGGUACAACGCCAAACCUGGGUCCGGCAAGACUGUAUACGCGGCCACAAUUGUUGACCAUCUAAGGACCCGAGACAAGAAAGUGGCAUACUUCUUCUACUCCUUUAACAGCCCUCAACGGAAGUUUGCGAUAAGCGGGUUGCGAUCUUUAGCUCUGCAGCUGCUGAACAAAUUUGUACCGGACAUCCCCGACAAGGUUGUCCAGCGGUAUAAGGAUGAAUUCGACAGCAGCGCCGAUGGCCUUGAGAGCAUCCACUCGGUGUCACAUGUUGUCCACGACUUACUUACACAAUGUCCAGAGACAUUUGUUGUGGUCGACGGAAUCGACGAGUGUCUAGAUGAUGAUGUGUUACUGGCAACACUUCAACAUCUACUGAAGAUGCCAACAUAUGGACUCGUGAAGUGGCUCUUCACCAGUCGGAACUCUCCUAAGAUCAGAUCAGUAAUGGAAGAUUGUCAAGCAAUUGAAGUCGAGGCGCCAACGGCAUCCGUUUCCAACGAUAUCCACACUUACUUCAGCAAGUACAUCACCUGCCAAAGCUGCAUCGAGGAAUGGACUGAAGAUGAAGAUAACUUCCUCUACUCUAAGUUGAUAUGCGAUACGCUUAGGGGUGAGGGACUCACCACGGAUGCAGAGAUUGAAGAAGCAUUGAACAGGUACCCGAAGAACUUGAACGGCUACUACAUGCGGGUGUUGGAAAAGCUUUGCAUGAAAACGGAGCAGCAACAGGAGCUGGCCAGGAGAGCCUUCUUGAUUUUGAUAGCGGCAGCUCAGUCAAUCUCACUGGAUGAGAUGCGCAACGCACUAGCUGUCGUUCCCGGCGCCGAAGACCACGACCCUAGGCGAGUGCCGUACACGAAAAAUAUCGAGAACCUUUGCAGCCCUCUUAUCACGUUUGGAAAGCCGAGGGGGGGCGAUGCCGAAGACAACCCACUGUUGAAGCUAUGCCACAAGACAGUUGAAGACUUCUUCCUGCAAAAUCCUGACACCCUCAGUUUGGAUCCUAAGUCAGGCCUGUGGAAGUACUUUGUGAAUCAUCAAGAAGCCAACGAAGCAAUGGCCAUGGACUGCGUGACUUACUUGCAGUACAAGCGAUAUCAGAGCCCAACUCCCAAGAUCGGUGCCAUCCUCUCAAAACCCAUCCCGAAGGAACACGCUUUUCUUCCCUACGCCGCUACGUUCUGGGCACAGCAUUGUGACGGGAUAGGGCAGCAUCCCGCAGAGAAGAUUGUUCAUGCAGUUUUGAAAUUUCUCCAAAGCCCUACUCUACCAAGCUGUCUGGAGGUACAAGCACAUGUCGGCCCCUACCUAUUCGGACGAUACGUCGACAGGAGAAACGGGCUAGCGUUCAGAAUGUGCGUUAAGGGCUCGAGACUCCGUGGCAGUGAUUCAUUCGGGGUGCCUCUACCACAGUGGCUUGACAAAGUCUCCUCGCAUGGGUGGACUCUCGACAGGUCACUGUGCCAUUUCAUUAGCGAGUGGCGCGAGGUCCUCAUUCAACACCCAGACAGUCUGGAUUCUUGUCUCCCGCUGACGAAACUUGAGAACUCUUGUCAUCUGGAUCGACUCAAGGGCCACAAGCAUGUAACCGUGGCUUAUCUGGAAGACCAGUGUAAACAUCUGAGUCCUUCUGGGAAGCUUGAUGCCAAGGACUUCCAGAUACUGCGCGUUGCAUUCCAUGGAACAACACUGUGGGUAGACGUAAUAUCUCACCAGGUGAAUGGAAUUUACCAGCGCCUUCAGAUACCGCUGUUCAGCAAGAAGAAGAGUAUCAUACAGAGCUCCCACAGCGCCCGCCUCCCAGAUGGAGACCUCCUCGGCUGGACAAUGAGUGUGACAGGCGAAAAGGGAAAGCACAUCAUCGAGGCCUGGAAAGCGGAUGCUCUUGAUUUGAGUAUUCGACGGAUAUUGGAUGAUAAAAGCAAACAACACAGGGUUCCUCUUGCGUUCUCGAGCACGGGUGAUGGAAAAAGAAAAGGGUCAUGGGAGGUUCAGUCUACGCAGAGUUUCGAGUCCGAUGGUGAGAGCAAUGGGCUGAUGCAGGUCGUGCAUUUCACAUGGAAAUCGAAAAAGCAUGUGGCGGACUCGAAUAUGACAGGACUUUUUGAGCAGGAUCGCGAUAGCGACUCAUCGUCCGGCGAGUCAGAGGAGGAAGAAGACAGUCCAUCUCCAGCGAGUCCUGAGUCUAUGUCAGACGAUGAUUCAGACGACGAUUCGGAUGAUGAAUCUACAACCACGCGCAGUCGAACGACGGAAACAGCGGAUGAGGCAUCGUAUACAGACAGCGAGUCCGAUACAGAUUCAGGGCAGAUUACAGACUGCCUGGUAUUGAUGCCCUCGGAGGAUGAUCCCUCAUGGUACCCAUGGUCUGGUACAAGGCAGAUCUGGGCACGGAUAGGCUGCGCAGCACAUCCAACUCUGCCUCUUUUAGCAGUGUCACACACGGCGCGUCAAUUAGAGGUCAUCGACACAGUUGCAGGAACCCGGAAGACAAAGCACCUCCCGGAUCUAGCGGAUCUCCAAGAUGCUCCCCUGGCAAGUCUGAGAGAACUUCGAUUCUCACCCUGCGGAAAUUACCUCCACUUCCUUUCCAUCGCCUUCGUCCCUCGGAGGGAAACAGCCAGCACGGAAGCACGCGUGACCCUAACAACGUUCAGCUUCAACCACGAAGGAACCACCGAUGACACCCUGUUCAGAGAGUGCCCUCCUCAGGAAUGCACAUACUCAUUCGGCGAGACCCUCGCCGACGUCCCCUUGCCGCUGGCAUUAACGCACUGGAGCGAUACGGAAGUCAUCGUCGCAUUGCCACCACUGACGUGCGACCCCAAGAUACUCAAGCUUAUGCUUUCCGCUUUGCCAGAUUUACCUGUCCCGGGCCCAGAUGACGACAGAUGUGCAGGUGGGAACAACAUCCUGACCUUGCAAAGUGCGAUAUACUUCCCGACAUCAACCCCGAUUCGACAAGCCCGCCUCAUGUACCGCAACGAGGGGCAGAGCGACGUGAAGGCCGAAGGACGUCUGUACCUCGUGUUGGAUAGACUAGUUCCUUCCGACGGUUCCAAGCACGCUGAUGGAGUUGAAAGCGGCGAAAAGACUACAGAUAGCUCCACCUCGAAAAAUGACGAGGGGGGUGACACCGGGGCUCCGGAACUGGGCCAGGCGAGCCCUCCGGUUGUGCUCCGGUGGAAGAUCGCACAUAAUGAUGGAUGGAGGGCCUGGGACCCUGAAGCGGACAGCAAAGCCUCGGAUUUAAAAAGAGAAGUGCCCGUCUGGAAGAUGCUUAGAGGCCAGUUUGUGGACAGCGACAAGCUGUUCAGCGUGCCCAUCCGUAGUGGUCUCGACUGGACAAGGAAGGGCUACCUGAGCUGUGGGGUUAUUGGGUAAAGUGUACCGUUAGAUUUCACCAUAGUGUCCCUAAUAUCACUAGCGAAUUGAAUCCACGGCUUUCAAUACGGUGGCUUCAUGGAGUUCAUUCAGGUUGCCCUGUCCCUUGUUAGUUUCUUGAAACAUCGGUAUCGAGGAGAGAAAGGGACCCGAAAAGAAAUGCGGGAAAGGUAAAAGAAGGGGCAAGUGUAAAACGGAAGUUGCUGGUUGAUCUAGAUGGGGUUGGCUGGCAAUACUGGCAGCUGAUAAGAUGCAGAAACACUAAUAAAUUCUUCGAUGUUUAUAUCACAGUGCUGUAUGGAGGGCUUGACGCGCCUUCAGAUGUAUGCGAACUAAGAACGACAUUUGAAGAUGAUGCAGCAAUGUAUUGGCCCGCCUAGGCCGAGUUCCGCCCUUCAUCCAAG